ACAAUGAAGCUACUCAGCCGCGUUGGGGCGACCGCCCUAGCGGCGACGUUGUCACUGCAGCAAUGUGCAGCCCAGAUGACCGAGGGGACCUACACCGAUGAGGCUACCGGUAUCCAAUUCAAGACGUGGACCGCCUCCGAGGGCGCCCCUUUCACGUUUGGCUUGACCCUCCCCGCGGACGCGCUGGAAAAGGAUGCCACCGAGUACAUUGGUCUCCUGCGUUGCCAAAUCACCGAUCCCGCCUCGCCCAGCUGGUGCGGUAUCUCCCACGGCCAGUCCGGCCAGAUGACGCAGGCGCUGCUGCUGGUCGCCUGGGCCAGCGAGGACACCGUCUACACGUCGUUCCGCUACGCCACCGGCUACACGCUCCCCGGCCUCUACACGGGCGACGCCAAGCUGACCCAGAUCUCCUCCUCGGUCAGCGAGGACAGCUUCGAGGUGCUGUUCCGCUGCGAAAACUGCUUCUCCUGGGACCAGGAUGGCACCAAGGGCAACGUCUCGACCAGCAACGGCAACCUGGUCCUCGGCCGCGCCGCCGCGAAGGAUGGUGUGACGGGCCCCACGUGCCCGGACACGGCCGAGUUCGGUUUCCAUGAUAACGGUUUCGGACAGUGGGGUGCCGUGCUUGAGGGUGCUACUUCGGACUCGUACGAGGAGUGGGCUAAGCUGGCCACGACCACGCCCGAGACCACCUGCGAUGGCACUGGCCCCGGCGACAAGGAGUGCGUUCCGGCUCCCGAGGACACGUAUGAUUACAUCGUUGUCGGUGCCGGCGCCGGUGGUAUCACCGUCGCCGACAAGCUCAGCGAGGCCGGCCACAAGGUCCUUCUCAUCGAGAAGGGACCCCCUUCGACCGGCCUGUGGAACGGGACCAUGAAGCCCGAGUGGCUCGAGAGCACCGACCUUACCCGCUUCGACGUUCCCGGCCUGUGCAACCAGAUCUGGGUCGACUCUGCCGGCAUCGCCUGCACCGAUACCGACCAGAUGGCGGGCUGCGUUCUCGGCGGUGGCACCGCUGUCAACGCUGGUUUGUGGUGGAAGCCCCACCCCGCUGACUGGGAUGAGAACUUCCCCGAAGGGUGGAAGUCGAGCGAUCUCGCGGAUGCGACCGAGCGUGUCUUCAAGCGCAUCCCCGGCACGUCGCACCCGUCGCAGGACGGCAAGUUGUACCGCCAGGAGGGCUUCGAGGUCAUCAGCAAGGGCCUGGCCAACGCCGGCUGGAAGGAAAUCAGCGCCAACGAGGCGCCCAGCGAGAAGAACCACACCUAUGCACACACCGAGUUCAUGUUCUCGGGCGGUGAGCGUGGCGGCCCCCUGGCGACGUACCUUGCCUCGGCUGCCGAGCGCAGCAACUUCAACCUGUGGCUCAACACUGCCGUCCGGAGGGCCGUCCGCAGCGGCAGCAAGGUCACCGGCGUCGAGCUCGAGUGCCUCACGGACGGUGGCUUCAGCGGGACCGUCAACCUGAAUGAGGGCGGUGGUGUCAUCUUCUCGGCCGGCGCUUUCGGCUCGGCCAAGCUGCUCCUUCGCAGCGGUAUCGGUCCUGAGGACCAGCUCGAGAUUGUGGCGAGCUCCAAGGACGGCGAGACCUUCACUCCCAAGGACGAGUGGAUCAACCUCCCCGUCGGCCACAACCUGAUCGACCAUCUCAACACUGACCUCAUUAUCACGCACCCGGAUGUCGUUUUCUAUGACUUCUAUGCGGCCUGGGACGAGCCCAUCACGGAGGAUAAGGAGGCCUACCUGAACUCGCGGUCCGGCAUUCUCGCCCAGGCGGCGCCCAAUAUCGGCCCUAUGAUGUGGGAUCAAGUCACGCCGUCCGACGGCAUCACCCGCCAGUUCCAGUGGACAUGCCGUGUUGAGGGCGACAGCUCCAAGACCAACUCGACCCACGCCAUGACCCUCAGCCAGUACCUCGGCCGUGGCGUCGUCUCGCGCGGCCGGAUGGGCAUCACCUCCGGGCUGAGCACGACGGUGGCCGAGCACCCGUACCUGCACAACAACGGCGACCUGGAGGCGGUCAUCCAGGGGAUCCAGAACGUGGUGGACGCGCUCAGCCAGGUGGCCGACCUCGAGUGGGUGCUCCCGCCGCCCGACGGGACGGUGGCCGACUACGUCAACAGCCUGAUCGUCUCGCCGGCCAACCGCCGGGCCAACCACUGGAUGGGCACGGCCAAGCUGGGCACCGACGACGGCCGCUCGGGCGGCACCUCGGUCGUCGACCUCGACACCAAGGUGUACGGCACCGACAACCUGUUCGUCGUCGACGCGUCCGUCUUCCCCGGCAUGUCGACGGGCAACCCGUCGGCCAUGAUCGUCAUCGUGGCCGAGCAGGCGGCGCAGCGCAUCCUGGCCCUGCGGUCUUAAUUAGAGGUCUUGUUGGGCCUGACCGUCUUAAGGGGGGAAGAGGAAAAUAAAAAUGGGUUGAGGGAGACAGAUUGGUGAUUUACCGUUUUGGGAAAGGGGGAAUGAUCAUGUAACAUUCUUGAUAUGUGGACAAUUCAAGUGCAUCUUCCCCCCC